GUCCCGCGCUUCGCCAUUUUCGCCCGGGAGCGAAGGAGUUGUGUGCGCGGGAACAUCCCUGCGUGGGAGCAGCUGUGGCGGGUGCGCGAGAGGAAGCGGAGCGGGCUUCGCGCUCACUUUCCCUGCACGCCAUGAGCUGCGCUGACUCCACCACGGGCCCCGGUCCCAGCUCCAGCCGCCUGCUGCCUCUUCUGGAGACCCUGGAGGACGCCGCCGCCUCGCCGAAGUCGCUGACGGACGCGUUGCUCACCCUCACCAAUCGCCUAACUGGUGAGGAAGGAAAAGAGUUUGCUGCAGAAGUUGGGAAACAUUUUUCACAGCUCUACAAGAUAUUUAAGACACACAUUUCUACUGAAAAUUCAGAGUUGAGCAGCUCAGCCUUACAAGCUUUAGGAUUCUGUGUAUUUAGUUCAAAGAUUGCUUCUCAGCUAUGUGAAACAGAAAUACAGGAGUUGCUUUCAAUAGUGUGCAGUGUUGCCAUAAAAGUGUCUGACAAGAACAUUCGCACAAAAGCACUUUGGGUAAUCUCAAAGCAGUCCUUUCCUUCAGAUGUUGUUGGAAAAAUGGUGCCCAGUAUUAUUACAAUGCUAGAAACUAUACUUAAUAAAGGAGACUUACAUUCCAUAGUGGUUGAAUAUGAAGCUCUGAAUGUUGUUAUACGGCUGAUAGAACAGGCUGCACCCUGCAUGGAGGAAGAAGCUGUCAGAUGGGCCAAGCUCAUAAUUCCUUUGGUUGUCCAUUCGGCACAUAAAGUGCAGUUGAGAAGUGCUACUGCUUUGGAGAUGGGAAUUCCACUUUUCCUUCAGAAACAGCAGGAAGUAGCAGCAGUCACUGAAGAACUCAUGACUACUAAACUAAUUCCAGAGCUUCAGAAACUAUUUUCAUCAAAAAAUGAAACAUAUGUUUUGAAACUGUGGCCUCUAUUUGUGAAGCUGCUUGGGAAAACUCUGCAUCGAAGUGGAAGCUUUAUCAAUUCAUUGCUGCAGUUGGAAGAACUUGGAUUUCGAAGUGGGUCACCAGUGGUAAAGAAAAUAGCCUUCAUUGCAUGGAAGAGUCUGAUUGAUAACUUUGCUCUAAACCCAGAAAUUUUAUGCAGUGCAAAGAGGCUGAAAUUGCUAAUGCAACCAUUAAGCUCCAUCCAUGUGAAGACUGAAGUUCUGGCACUAACCAAGCUGGAGGUCUGGUGGUAUCUGCUGGUGAGGCUUGGGCCUCAACUCCCAGCCCACUUUGAACAGGUUUGCGUACCGUUAAUUCAAAGCACUUUAGGCUUGGAUGUCUCUCUGCUGCAAGGAAAUUCUUCAAGGCUGUCUGCUAACCAGAGUUUAGCAACCCCUGUUUCUGCCAACAAAUCAGGAGCUUUCCCUUUUGGAACCCUUGUAACUCCAAGAACGGCCCUGAACUCUAGCACAGGAGGAGGUGGAGUAAUUCCUGCCAUUCAGCUCUUAGGAAUUGAAAUGCUGCUUCACUUCUUCAUGGGGCCAGAAGUCUUGACUUUCGCCAAGGAAAACAAAGUCGUACUUAGCCUAGAACCUCUUCAAUAUUCGGUGAUCACUAGUCCUUCUUUCUUCUGUAAACAUGCCAAUACAUUUAUAAAUGCAAUCCAGGAUGGCUUCAUUGCAGUUGGAAAAGAUGUUUCUGAUAUUGUUUUGAAUGCUAUAUGGAAGGGAAUGAUUGGUUUUGUGAGAACUGCAAUUGAAUCAGGGAGCAAGAAAGAGCGGCAAAGUUCAGAAGUACUCACUACGUUGCUGCAAGCCUUAAAAAGCAUUGUCGUGUCAAAUGAGCUGCCUGUAUUAAAGUCGCUAUCCCUGAUAGGAAUUACAAUUAAAGAAUUACCUCCAAAAGUACUGGGAUCACCAGCUUAUCAAGUUGCUAACAUGGAUCUGUUGAAUGGAACUCCAGCACUGUUCUUAAUUCAACUGUCUUUCCGUAAAGAUCUGUUGGAAUGCUGUGUUCAAGAUGAAAGGUUUUUCCUGAACUACGAGUCUCUUGUGAGUUAUGCUUUGUCUGGCCCUGCAUCUCCUCUGGCUUUUAGUGAGUCUGUAGUCAUUGUUAUUAAUCAAAGUGCAGAGUACCUGGAAAACAAAGAACAACUUUGGAGAAUAUGGAGUAUUGUAGUUAACCCCCUCACUGAAUGGAUUAACCAGACAAAUGAAGUAAAUCAAGGUGAUGCUUUAGAACAUAACUUCAGCGCUAUUUACAGUGUGUUGUUGCUUCCUGUAAAUCACAUUUUCCCAUCUUGUGAAUUUCCCCAGCCCACAAUGAAAUCAUUACUGCGCUCGUGGUCGGAGCUGUACAAAGCAUUUGCCCGUUGUGCAUCUCUUGUGGCUACUGCAGAAGAUAAUCUGUGCUGUGAAGAACUCUGUGCCAAAAUAGUAUCUGAAUUAGACAAAACACAAAUUAAUUGGUCCAUGCUGGAUGGCCUCUCGCACAUUCUAUCAACCAUGGUUGAUUGUGUCAACUUUGCACCUUAUAAUACCAAAUCUCAGCCGCCAAAUAAAUCCCCACAGACACCGUCAGACUGGUCAAAAAAGAAGAAAGAUCCUCUGGGCAAGCUGUCUUCCUUAAUCAAACUUGUGGCGAUACUGAUCAAUUCUGCUCAUCUACUCUGGUCCAGUGAAUCCAGUACUGAAAAACUGGUCCCUGUUGCUGCUUCUGUUAUCAAUAUUCUUCAGAAUAUUGUUAGCCACAUUUCUUUGCCUUCUGUCAUCAGUUCUGUAUUUGGAAUUAUUACAAAACCACUAGCAGUGUUUUAUGAAAAAGCCAGGUUUGCCAAUGGAUCUAAAGCAAACAAUAAUCUCAACAACAAGUUUGAAAUGUUAUGUGUGGAAAUCGUUAGCUGUUUGCAGUCCCACUAUACUGGAUCUUUUGACAGCCAGCUGUUGCAAGAGCUUUUUCCACUGCUGUGUAUAAUGUUCACAAAUAAGAACAAGCAGAUAUGCAGUCAAGCUGCUCAGUUCUGGAAUGCAACCUUUGGCAAAGCGACGAUUCUGACGUAUCCAGAAGAAUUGAAGUCUGUUUUGUGCCAAGCCAAACAGAAAAUUCUGCUGUUAUUGCCUGGCUUUGAAAGCACUGAAAUAAUGGGAGAAUCUAAUGGGACGUAUUCUGAUUCUCAAUCAGAGAAUUCUCAAUGGGAUACAAAAAUAAGUGGAAUAGAAGUAAAGUCUAGUGGGAAAAGAGGUUCAUUACUAGCACACUCCAAUGAACUGAAAGAAAAAAAUACGAAUUGCCAUGUACCGCCUGCAAAGACAAAACUGGAAUUUUCGUUCCAGCCAAAAACAAAUAGAAAAGGCAUGAUUUUGGAAGAGGAAAAUACUGUUGACUUUGUGUUUAUUCCACCGGAAACAAAAGAAAGAGUGUUGACGGAGCACCAAAAAGAAGUUCUUCAAACAAAAAGAGUUGAUAUUCCUGCCAUGUACAAUAAUCUGGAUGCAUCCCAAGAUACUGCCUUAUUUUCCCAGUAUUCACAAGACCAGGAAGUUUCUUUGGUCAAACCUAUGAAGGAAGAAGAUGGGGAAGAAGAAGAGGCCAAAGAAAUAUGCCAGGCUGAAAAAGAGAUUAAGGAGCUUCUUGGCACUCCCUACAAAGGCACUGAAAACUGCAAGGCGAGCAUCCUUCUGGAGAAAACAGAAUCUGCAACUAUCACACAGCUUCAAGCCCUUGCAGAGCAAAGUCAAGAUCUAAACUGCGAGGAUUCAGAAUUGUGUACCUCUAAGACAGUUCCACAGGAGCCAUCAGUAUUAGACCAGUCGGUCAGUGACAGCGGCACAAGUGUGAGCAGCAGCUCGGCUUCUAGUGAUGUUAUUUCAGGAACCCCACAGCCUGUCAGCAGAAGGCAGUCUUUCAUCACUUUAGAGAAGUUUGAUAGUUCAGAGAACAGACCUUUCACCCCUUCAAAGUUCAAUAAUGAGUCCAGACCAUCUGGAAGUACCCCUUUGAUAGAUAGUCAGGAAAGCACAAUUGGCACGGAUCCCCUUUCUUCUAAAGAAAAGACCAAUAAGAGUGCUUCCAAGCUCCAAAUGGAAGAAACUAUUACUAGAGCUAAGAGGUCAUGUUCAGAAAGUGUAGAUGCUUUGGAGAGUUGCCCUAAAGCCAAAAAAACCAAGGAAGAAUCCAAGACUCCUUCAAAAUUGCAAUCAGAGAGUACAUUGGGGAUAAAGAAGUCAAGUCUGCGGCCAAACAAAAUAGAGCUUUCAGAAGACAAAAAAGCAAAGCUAAUGGAAUUGGAGCAACAGAAAAACAUGCAAGUAUCUUCUUCCAAAGAUGAGGUAGAGGAAUGUGACUUACUUGGGGAAACACCAGAGCAACAGUGUACGUUAGAUGUUCAGUCUCAAGUUUCCGAUUUGAAAAUAAUUAGAAAUACCAUCAUGGAAAACAAACAUGUUUUGGAUAGUGUUACAGAGAUGAAAUCAGGACUGAAUUUGGAUUCAAAAGAGAAUACUCCUCCAGAAAUAACGGCACUGGGUGAUGCAGUAUCUGUCGGUCAAACUCAACAAAUACCACCUAAUCAAAAAAUAUUAAGACGUUCCUUAAGACGAAAGUCCGAAAUUACCGAAGGAUCUUCCGACAGUCAAGACAAAGAGAACAGCCAACAGAAGGAGGACAGGCACAGGGACGAUGAAAAGCUUCUGCCAAAGAAAUCUUCACAAACUAAAGAGGAUUCCUCACACAAACAGAAAUCUGCUCCUGAGAAGAACAUAGAUUUACAAGAAAAUGUAAUUAAAAAGGAAAGCGAUUCACAUGGAAGCAGUGCUACGGGAAGUAUAGGCAUAAAGGAAUCUCAUGCUUCAAAAAACCUUCUAGAGGAGGCUCACAUAAGUACUAGAAAAUCUGAAGGCAGUAACCCCCCUAAAAUGGCUGAUUUGCAAGAUCCCUCUUCAGAUGCCACCCUUGAGAAACAGAAAGGGCUUCCACGGUAUCAAACGAGAAGAGCCUCCCAAGGUCUUCUUUCCAGCAUAGAAAACUCUGAAUCUGACAACUCUGAGACAAGAGAAGAAGGAACCAAGAAAAAAAGAUCAGCGAAAUGGAAAAUCACAAGCAGUUCUCUUGAAAGGCAAGCAAAGGAAGAGCUGGAAAAUCAAAGCCAGGAGCUUCAUUCACAAGAAACUGCAAAUGAAAUCCAAGCCUCUUUAGUGACAAAUAAAGACAUCAUAAACCAUGAGAAGUGCAUGGAAAUAUCCUUGUCAUCUGAUCAUAACAAAGAGGGAGAAAGAACUGUCCCUACACUUAAUGACCGUUUGGGAGUUAAAGAAGCGGUGGAUGCUUCUGCUUGUAGAGACCAUUCAAUUGCAGAACAAACAGUUGCUAAAGUGUUAGCAAAGCCUAUCUCCGGGCGAGCUUCAGAGACCAAACAGAUAACUACAGCUCUUGACCAACCAGAUUCUGUUCCACACGGCAGCACCAAUGGUCCUACUGAGCUUUCAGGAGAUGCUGCUGUUUCUGAGGGCUUUCCUCUACCCCAAAAACCUUCAGGAACACCCGAAUGCCUGCACAAAAGAAGCAAGCGGAUGAGAAGAUCAAAGGGGUGUGAUUGUUGUGGUGAAAAGCCAUCUGCACAGUUGGAGAAGUUGACCGUAGAAGUGAAAAAACCAAGUACUCCAGAAACAAAGUCAAAACAACCUAAAAAGACACCCAGUAAAGCAGCAGUGGUUGCUUCAUGCCUUUCUGUUGCGGAAGAAAAGCUCUGUGUGGAGCCUUGUGCAACAAGUACACCUCAGAGUUCCUCUGGGGAUCCUGCUGACCUGGAGGAUUUAAGUAGGAGCAUAGAGAGUACAGGGGAAUUGCUGGGAGAUUGCACUCCAGAAGAUGAAUCAAAGGAAUCAUCAGGCACCAAAAAUGAAAGUUUCAAAUCUGCUGUGGAAACUAUGGAUUGUGUUGAUGGGACUGAAGAAAUUUCAGAACUGAAUUCUGUAGAAUGCACAUCAGAGGGAACCAAUAACCCGUGUCUGGGUUCAGAAAGUGAACUAGAACCUGUUGUUGCAAAAGAAAGAGCUAUUCAUCACAGCCAACUAGAAGGCAGAAGCAAUAUGGAGAUGGAUGUGAUCCAGACUGAGAAAACAAAGUCCAGUGAACCUGUAGCCAACAUUGUUCAGACUGGUAUGGAGAAGACUUUGGAAUGUUCUGUUGGCUCUCCCGUAGAAGCUCAAGAUAGUGACAUGAAUGAGGAGGAAAGCAUGGAAACUGUUGUAUUAGCAGGGCCUGAAACUUCACCCUUGGUACAAGAUGAAGAAAAAGAAAGUAAUGACAUAGAGUCUCCUCUUAAGAUGAAGGAAUGUGAUGCUCUGGUUUUGGACAAGAUUAGUGGAAGCCCUAACGGAGUGCAGGCACGUUGUAUGUGGUCUCCAUCAGCGUCCCCCUCUACCAGUAUUUUAAAGAGAGGUGUAAAAAGACAGGAAGAGGAGGACUCUCCAUCAUCUGCAAACAAGAGCCGACGAGUUUCCUUUGCCAAUCCAAUCUAUCAAGAAGAAUUGGCAGAUGAUAUUGAUAGGCGAAGUCCAGCAGUUAGAACUCAUUCUUCAAACGGUUCUGUGUCCUCCCGAAGCAUUAAACCCUCCUCUAAUCAUCAAGCCAAGCCUAUUACCACUCCAACCAAAGGAUCCCUGUCCCCAGGAUUUCGUAGCCAUAAAUAUAAAAGCUCAAAGAAGUGUUUAAUCAGUGAAAUGGUCAAAGAAACUCUACCACCUCCUACGGAAAGCAUAUAUCCAGCACUGCAGGGUUGUAAGGCACCUGUUGACACCAUUUUGCCUCAGAUUACAUCAAAUAUUUGGGCAAGAGGUUUGGGGCAGCUCAUUCGAGCCAAGAAUAUCCGGACGGUGGGUGACUUGAGUUCUUUGACAGCAGCUGAGAUCAAAACACUUCCCAUCCGUUCUCCCAAGGUCUUCAAUGUUAGAAGAGCUCUUAAAGUAUAUCAUGAACAACAGCUGCCUAAAUAUCGUGGAUCUGAGGAAGUAGCUGCCUUGGAGGACAUAGAGAAGCCUGUAAAUGACGCUGAUGAAAAACCCCUUUCCACAGAUGGAGAGAAAGUUGCAGGAGACUUGGGGGAGUCUGCGACCUCCAGUGCAGAUGAGCAGUCACCUACAGACGUUUUUUCCCAGAUCAAUAUCCUUGCUACUCAGAUGACUUCUGAAAAUCUUUGCAGCUAUUCAGGCAGUGAACUUUUUGAAAUGCAGGAUAAACUGCAUAGCAUGACAAACUGUAUUAUGAAAACUCUGCAGUCCCGUUGGAAAUCACCACCCCACGAAAGCACUGUUUAAUCAUUUAUACUUUAAAACUAAUUCUUUGAAGAAUGGACUGUUACAGGAUCCUUUUAUCGAAAAUCCUGUGGGUUUGUUUAAUUGAACUCUGCCUUAUGGUUUAUUUUAGUGAGCAGGAAUUUUCGUAAAUUAAGAUGAAACAUUAAGGUGUAAAUAAUUUUGUUUUUCUUUUGAAGUUCUGCACACUUACUGUUUAGAGGGUUUUUUUUGCUGCAGUGCAGAUUCCAAAAUAAUUUUGUUAAGAUGUACAAUAGCAAAACUGUGAAACUUAACCUAUGUAGUAUUUUAACUUUAUUUUUUCAAAUGCAUAUUUUUGUUCCUGUAUAAAAGAUCACAUUGUUCUUGAAGUUAUAACUUAGACUUGCCAAAAGUAAUAAAAUCUCCCAAAUGCUGCUACUUUGGCCAAUACUGGCUUUUAAGGUGGCCUUUCAGGUUAAGAUUUGCAGUGAUAAAUUUGGAUGACUUCCAAAUUCCUUUUUCAUCAAUAAUUCUAAACAGUUCUAUUUGUGCAUGCAUACCUUGUAUACAAUGGAAAAAGGAUAUUGUGAUACAGUUGAUGCAGUGUUCUCAAGAUCCAAAUACAUGUCCUUGGAAUUUGAUAUGCAAAAGAACUCUCCCUCAGCCCCUUCUCUUUUCUCCCUCUGACAACAAAUAGCUUGGGCAUAGAUAACUUUGUACAUUUUGUAUAGAUCUAACAAUUGCAGAUAUUAUAAAUUAUCUCUAUGUGAAAUGAACUGCCAGGUAUCUUGGAAAUGAGAACUCUUGUUUGCAUACAGCACAGUGUUUUCCCAGAAUGAACAAGGUAACAAUAGAAUCAGUUCAGUUGAUAGGAAUUUUAUAUAUAUAAAUAAAACAAUGAACAGCUGUUUAAUUUGCAA